GCUUUAAUCAACAGGGAAGGAAGAGGAAAGCCGGCUAAGGAACGGGCUUCCGCGCGGCGGGCGACCAUGCCGCCUCACAGACACUAACCAGGCCCGCGUUCGCCUUUGGGAAGAGCACCCUCCCGGGCUUGGUGAUGGAGGUGCCGUCCGGCCGCGUGAGCCCGGGGCGGAGGCUCGCGGCGGGAAGGGCCGGUCCGCGGGCGCAGGGAGGUGGGGGGCGCCGCAGGCCAACGCAGAGGGCGGCGCGAUCGCACAAGGCACGCCACGCAGCAGAAGACGGCCAGGGCAAAACGCUCCUUUCUUUAGUCUGACGCAGUUAAAAAGGUCCGACGUUCUCAUGUGGGGACCCGGGACGCUCUAGCUGCCCCCGCGGAGGGCACGGUGGCGGAGGGGGAGGGGGAGAGUGUCCGCCGGGGCCCAGCCUCCCGUGACGUCGCCCCGCCCUCCGCGAGGGGCGGGGCCGGGCAGCGGCCGUUCCCGCGUGCGCGCUUCCAGUCUUCAACUAGGUCCGCAAUCCGCACACAUAAGGAGAUUGCCCCAACGGUUUUCGUGCUUUUUUUCGCGAUCUCUUAGCGUUGCAGCAAUGUCUGGUCGCGGCAAAGGCGGGAAGGGCCUGGGUAAGGGCGGCGCCAAGCGCCACCGCAAGGUGCUGCGCGACAACAUCCAGGGCAUCACCAAGCCCGCCAUCCGGCGGCUGGCCCGGCGCGGCGGCGUCAAGCGCAUCUCCGGCCUCAUCUAUGAGGAGACCCGCGGGGUGCUCAAGGUGUUCCUGGAGAACGUGAUCCGGGACGCCGUCACCUACACGGAGCACGCCAAGCGCAAGACGGUCACGGCCAUGGACGUGGUCUACGCGCUCAAGCGCCAGGGCCGCACCCUCUACGGCUUCGGGGGCUGAGCGCGCCGGAUCCCCCCUGCACUCGCGCCGAGACCUGGCAAGUCUUUCUUUGAAAUGGCUCGCACGAAGCAGACGGCCCGCAAGUCGACCGGCGGCAAGGCCCCGCGCAAGCAGCUGGCCACCAAGGCGGCCCGCAAGAGCGCGCCGGCCACCGGCGGCGUCAAGAAGCCGCACCGCUACCGGCCCGGCACGGUGGCCCUGCGCGAGAUCCGGCGCUACCAGAAGUCCACCGAGCUGCUGAUCCGCAAGCUGCCGUUCCAGCGGCUGGUGCGCGAGAUCGCGCAGGACUUCAAGACCGACCUGCGCUUCCAGAGCUCGGCCGUCAUGGCCCUGCAGGAGGCGUGCGAGGCCUACCUGGUGGGGCUCUUCGAGGACACCAACCUGUGCUGAGUACUUACUGUGUCUGGCCGCGGCAAGGGCGGGAAGGGCCUGGGCAAGGGUGGCGCCAAGCGCCACCGCAAGGUGCUGCGCGACAACAUCCAGGGCAUCACCAAGCCCGCCAUCCGGCGGCUGGCCCGGCGCGGCGGCGUCAAGCGCAUCUCCGGCCUCAUCUACGAGGAGACCCGCGGGGUGCUCAAGGUGUUCCUGGAGAACGUGAUCCGGGACGCCGUCACCUACACGGAGCACGCCAAGCGCAAGACGGUCACGGCCAUGGACGUGGUCUACGCGCUCAAGCGCCAGGGCCGCACCCUCUACGGCUUCGGGGGCUGAGCAUUCCCAUCUCCCCACCGGAACGCUGCGAUUCUCAACCAAAGGCCCUU